UCUUGACAAUGUUUAGAAUGAAUGUGAGGUGGAAAAAAAUUAGUCUUUUAAUUAGAGAUCAUUACAUAAAAAAAUUAUUGGAGGAGAUUUUUUUUUCUGCAGAUCCAUUCAUCGGAGCUACCUUCGUAGGAGCGGAUCUUGAGUUCUUUUUUUUUUUUUUUAAAUACACUUAUUUAUUUAUGAUUUUGCCAUUCUACGGAGCUCCACAGAAUGUAUGUCUAUACCUGGAAAUGUAUAUAUUUUCAUGUCUAAAUUUUGAAAUUACCCCCAUUUUUUUUACUAUUGACGGUAUUUUCCCUUUAACAAUCAUUGGUUCCUUUACGAGUUGGAGGUUAGGGUUUUUAAACGAAGGGAAUUGUUAUCAGGAAAAUACCGCAAAUAGACAAAAAAAUUGGGUUCAAUUUCUGAAUUUAAUCAUAAAAAAAGGUUUUUCUAGAUAUAGACAUACAUUCCGCGGAGGACCUUUUGCGGACCUCCGCGGAACCAUGAAAUCUCCGCGCAGAGUGGGCAAUUUCAUAAUUUCAACCAUAUUUUUUUGAGAAAAACGAAGGGAUCUUCUUUUGGUCCUCGUUCCUCUUCAUCACUCUGCAUCGGGUCGCAUAGGCUUCGAUCGAAGACUUCAAAUCCGACGACGACUUCAACUCCGACGAUGACUUCAACUUGAAACGACUUCAAAUCCGGCGAAAUCGAGGCAUAUAACUCUUUCCAUCACCGAUGGACCCCGAAUUCCUCGAUGUUAUGGCCGAUGGAUACGGUUCCCGACACGAAGAUCUCAAUAAAAAAGUGAAAUUAACCUUGAAAGGCGUGGUGGGGACUAUCAUUAAAAAGUAUUUUCCGCGCCUAACACAAUCACAACGAGUAUUAUUCGAAGCUUCCCCCUUUGGAAUAUUCUUAGGAAUGCAUAUCCCACAUGGUGAUCCCUUACUUGUGCAUAUGAUAAUGUUCCACGAAGUAAGGUGUCAACAAAUAUUUGAAAUGGGGAGGUUUCUGUUUGAUAUAGAGGGGGUCCAGUUGGAUUUUGGUGAAACUGAAUAUAUUCUGAUUUGUGGUUUAAAAGUUGGUCCUUAUGUGGAUUUACUCCAUGACGAAAAGGGCCAGUCAAAUUCAAAGCUUCGUUCUCGGUUGUUCCCAGAUAUUUCUGAUGCACGUUUGCGGCUGAAAGAUUUAGAAGACUUGAAUAUGUCCCCGAAUUAUUUGGCACUAUAAGAUGAAGAUGUUAUGAUGCUUAUCCAGCUUGUUUUUAUGUUGAAGAUGAUGGGUUUUAGCCAUAUGAACAUCCCUAUGUGCACAUGCAAUCCUAAUGCUUGGAUCUAGGUUUCUCUAAUUGAUCAUACAUUGAA